AUGCCGCCAGAUCAAAGCGAAGAAGGAAACUUAUGGUGGAACAAUCACGAUCCUCGGAUUCCUCGUCAUACUCCUAGCAGUGCCGCAGAAGACGAAUUAUUUAAGAAUGGAUAUUCCGGUGAAGCUCCGAUGACAGCGAACUAUCUGCGGCGUGUCUACGAAACGAAAGAGAUCGAAUUUAAGCUUACGAGUGGUGUUAAUGUCCCCAAGUUUCGGCUGGCAGCGCUUCAGCAGUUGUUUGGUCCAGUGUUUUUCGAGCGUAAACGAUGUUUUCCUAUGGUUCUAGUGGAUUCGUUGGUAGCAAAAGUUUGGAAAAAUCUACGGUUUGAGCGGCUUAUCUGCACACUUCUCCGUGACAGCGACGAGAAGAUCGUUUUAGGUGCCUUAUCGCUUCUCGAUUGCAGCACUCGCGUGUUCCGCUUUGAUCUGCUGCGAAGUCCAACUGAUCGUUCCACUCCUCUAUCUUCCUACUCAUAUACCUGUCCAGAGCGAGAUUUUGCCAUACAAUUAUGCUCCCAGAGCGUGGUAAGCGAGGUGAAACGUGUGUUAGACAAAACCAUUAGAGCGCUUAAAGUGUUGGGAGAAAGUGGUGCAUCAAGUGCUUCGAGAAGCCAACAGCCUCUUGUCGCUAUCCUUUGUGUAGGAAUCUCGUGGCUGGUCAAUUGUCUUCGUGGAGGUGAUAAUGCCACGCAAUUCUGGGGAGUGGCGGGUAUAAACCAACUGAUAAUUGCUCACUGCAAAGCCAAUUCACUGCCGUUUGUGAAAAUCAAAGACUUGAACAUGAUGAACCAGUUUUUUCAUAAAGCUCAGCGAGUAGUUCCGGAUUUUUCCACCAAGUGGAGAGUUUUUGCCUCAGAGUCGACGAGACGCAAUUGCUCGCCAUUUCGCUUGAUACUGGAGGCAAUUAUUUGCGUUGGAAGUACUCGAGCUGUAGGUUUGAUGCGAACAUUGCUGUUAUCACACACAUUCCGUGAAGAAGCUGAUGAUGCCACUGUGGCAACUCGUGACUCAACUUUCCAACGAGAUCUCAUGUCCAGUGUUGACUAUGGGAAAGUGAGUCACGCCAUCGAUCUGGCAAGAGAUAUCAGUCACAUGAAUGGGACUAUCAAUGAACAAAUGCACGUGAUUUUGUAUGUUAAAGCGCUCUUCGUAAACUACGCUGCCACAUCGAUGAAAGUUCAUGUUCGUGGAUUUGCACCGGUAUGCAAAGAGAUUUGGAGCUGGAUGGAAACUGCGUGGAAGAAUGUGGCGUUGCAUUCAUCUCCCACUCUGAUUGAGACAGACAAAGGCGUGAAAUUGUCAAGAGCGCAAGGUGACGUGAUAAUUGCUGGAUUUUCACUUCUACACUUGAUUAUUUCGCAUCCAGCGGUCUUGAUAGAGGAUAUCGUCGAGCUCACAACAUUUAACGCACAAGACAGUGGGGAAUCUGUAAAUGUGGCACACGAAUUGGUUCGCUGGGUAAAGAUCCUGCCCAACGGAGCGAGACGUAAGGGCAACACUAUCCACGUGCUGAUUGAAAGUGGUGCGGCAUUGCUGACCAAUUUCGUACAUGCAAGGAAAUACGACGAGGUGGCAUUUGCCACUUUAAACACUUGCGUGAGUGUCCGAAAAAUGCUCGAGUUGUUAGAUUGUACAAUUCUAUCGAUCGAAGAGAAAAGGCAACUUUGGUCGAUGCUGCUCUAUUUCGACAGUCGCACUGUUACAUCUCGCAUUCUCGAUACGAACUUCUUGGACACAGCGGUGUUUACACGACUCCUUCAAAGUAAUAGUCUCCGUCAUAGAUUAGAGGCUCUGAUGUUUCUAGAAGUGCUAGUGGUUGCUGCUUCUCGAUGUGAAAAGAGUGUAAACACUCAGAUGCUUUUUGCGGAAGUGUGCAAGCUUCUGUUACACCACGAUCUCAUCGCGAAGGAGGCAACAUUUUUGCGGAAAACAAGAGAUUUCGGCAAUAUUUCCAGCAAACAGGUCGCUGUGUGCAAGCGUGUGAUGCAAGUGGUUUGUUGUUUGUGUGUGGACUUCUCAUCCCAAAGUCCCAGUCGGAUAUUCCUCGACCAACUCGAAGCAGUGGGAGUUCCAGCUUGGGUCGUAGCUUUCCACCAGGCUAAAGAUGCAAAACUCGACAUCGCAGACAACGAUCCACGAGUUGACGUGUUCUGGAAAGACUGGCAAGGUUGUGUGGCUGUUGCAACAAAGUUGUCAUUUGAACCCAGAUGCAAACCGAAGAAAACUGUCGCUCAAACGGUACCAUACUCAGUCUCGCAGACGUUGUCACACGAUCGCAGACGGAAGAACCCAAGUGUCAAGGUGGAAACAAUGAGUUCGGACGAGGAUGAAGUCAAGUUGAAGAGGGCAUUGGUAUCACCCGUUAAACUGUCUAAGCCAAAGCGAACUGCAACUCGUGCUCAGAAAAGUGCAAGCGUUAUUCAAGCUCUCUUGACAGACUCAGCGUUACAUGUCGUAAAACGAUCUACGAAACCUGCAACGAGAAAACCGAAAGACGCAGCAGAUGACGAAGCUUUGGACUCCGAUGCCUAUUCACCGUUUCCAGGAAACAUUUCGUCGGAGGAGGGAAACCGAAAGUUUUCAGAAGCAAGUACAAAGCGAAACCCAUCAAAGAAAAAAGCGGCAGAGUCAAAACACAGCAAGAACAAAGUAGAGCAAGACAUCUCCGACGGAGAAUUAUCAGUUUCCAGCCCAGAUCAACCUCGAAAAAGGACAUUUUCUCGCAAAACAAGCAAAAACCGCGCUACACCACCGCAAAACGAAGCGCUGCAAGUGAUUUUCCGCAAAUAUGACGUAGAUGGCGAUGGGGUCAUCAGCUUCAUCGACUUGCGGCGAGCCAUGGACAACCAAUUGAUUGGGCGAACUCAUCGACUCUCGGACGUGGAAAUCCAGCGCUGGAUUACCGAGAAGGACCGCAGCGGACAGGGUGUCGUCAGCUUCGAGGACUUUGCCAUUGCCUUCCAGACGCAAGCGAGCCAGUGACGAUUGUCGAAGCUUCAUAAAAACCUCUUUUUUAUCGUUUUUUUUCAUUGUUGCCAGAGUGACGCUAAGCAGUUUUUGCCGGUGUUUGCAAGUGCACAUCGUCGAAGCUUCAUAAAAAACUACUUUAUCGUUAUUUCAUAGUUGCCAA